AUGUCAGCCAGAAAGGGCUAUCUUCUUCCCUCGCCAAAAUACACCACAAUAAUGUCAUGUUCGGACAGCCCGUCAGGAAAUGCGUUUUUAGUGGAUUCUCUGAUCAGUGGCCGCACCGAGAGCGGCGGAGGUCACUACGCGGGGAGCGCGGUGUGUGUGCCUCAUAGCGCUGCUACAGAAGUGCCUUACGGACUACACAACUAUGGAUACUUCCCAGGUAUGGGUAAGCGAAGCGAGAUGGGUCCCACGAACAUGGUUUCCGCCUCUGGUGCGUACAUGCCCAGCAUGGAAAUGUGGAUGGACGCGCAGAGGUCAUGUCGAAUGGACCAAGAGCACCCGGUGGGUCCCCAGGUCGCGCCCUGCUCAUUCCCGCAGAAUAUUAAGGAAGAGAGCACCUACUGCCUGUAUGAGCAGUCGAAGUGCCCUAAAGCCUCCACCGCGGAAGAUCUUACAUAUUCGAGGUUAACGACAGCCGGCCUAGGCUCGAGUUCUUGUACAGUUACCGAUGGCGGUGGCGGGGGCUCAGUGCCUGUGCCGGGCUACUUCCGCUUGUCUCAGACGCACGCACAUUCUCAUAAACUUUACAACACCAACGGCCCCCAGCCGAACCCUUCCCAUUCUCAUUUUGGCCUACACCCAAUUGCUCCUGCUCGUUUCCACACGCCACCAACCUCGACUUCUGCUCCAGCCACGGCGAAGGAGGGGAGGAACACCGAGGAGCCCGUGUCCUCGGGAAACGCAGACCUGCAGCCUCACGCAGCACCGGGGACCGACGAGGCACACGAGUCCUCGGACGCAGAAGCCUCUUCAGCUGACGAGACAGAAGAGCAUGUCAAAGAGAAACCAGCAAAGACCACGAAAGGAGACACAAAAAGUGUAAGCACGGCCAACUGGCUGACAGCAAAAAGCGGCCGAAAGAAACGCUGUCCAUACACCAAGCAUCAGACACUGGAGCUGGAGAAGGAGUUCCUCUUCAACAUGUACCUGACCCGAGAGCGCCGCCUAGAGAUCAGUAAAGGCGUCCACCUGUCGGACAGGCAGGUUAAAAUAUGGUUCCAGAACCGCAGGAUGAAGCUGAAGAAAAUGACACGGGAAAACAGGAUCCGGGAACUCACCUCCAACUACGGAUUUUCAUGAUGAACAAGGUGAUCACAUAAUUGGUGGAGUCAAUGACACCCAUCCUCCUCCAACACACCCCCCCCCCCUCUUUCCUCACCACUCUGUCCACAUGAUGACUCAUUUCACUGUGGGGAACAACUUUCUUUUAUUUCCAGACACGCUUAAAGUCCUCUGUGAGCUACUGAAAAUAAGAACAUUGGGGGGGAAAUGAAUGUUAUGAGUUCUAUUUGAUUGUUUUCUGAUGUUGUGUUUUUGUAUUGUCGACCUGUUUGUUACUUCUGUCGUAUGGUUGGAUAGUGUCGUCAGUGGAGUUAAAUUAACGCAAUUUAAAAAACAUUGUGCCCUGGAAGGUGGCUUAAAUUGUCCACUUACCCCCCAACCGCUGGCAAAUAAUCUUAACCUAAAUUUAGUCAAUAAAUAUAAAUUUAUUUUAUUUUAAUUUGAAUAGCAUGAUAUAGACUUUUCCUACUUAUUUUGUUUUAAUCACUCUGGAAUAUACCAUCCAUGUAUCCAAAAGGGAAGAAUAAUAAUUCACCAUUGACCAUUAGAUGUAUAGUCUACCAUGAUAUUGGCCUAUUCUAUGUACGAGCUAAAUGUUGGAUCUUUAAUCACGCUGAGGAAGUUUACACAAAAAUGGUGUGCAAAGUGAAAUAGGAAUGUUUUUAUUGUAUAUUUCUGUGUACAUAUGACAUUGUGUUUUUGUGUAAUGCUUAAUAAAUUAUCAGCUCGCA